GGGGAUGACAUGGGGGCGGAGGUUGAGCGGGAGUUGCGGAGAUGGAUGGGGAUUAGCUCUUCGUCUGAUGCUGCUGCUGCUGCUGCUGAUAAAGAAGAGAAAGAUGAAGCUAUCGGCGAUGGAAUCCCUGGACCCGCUACACCCACCACCACCACCACCCCAAACCCAACCGAAGAAGAACCCGGCGCCCUGCAGUACGAAUACUACGGAAGGAAGAACGCCCCCACCAAAAUCAAGCUGCUGCGCCCCGACGAGUGGAUCAUGCGCGAGAUCCUGCACCGCGGCUUGGACCUGCAGAAGAUGUACAAGCUGGUGUUUGCCGAGGGCAGGCGCGAGCAGUUCGAGACCCCCGGUGUCGCGGGCCAGAGGGUCACUUGGGAUGAGCAGAUGCGGUUGGCGACGCUCAGGAGCCAGGUCGAUUGGAUGGAGGUUGUGAGGUUGGAUCGUUGAUAAGCCGGGGAUUUUAUUUUUCGAAGAUUGGGAGG